CUAUUCAAAUACUCCAGCAGAAGCUCACAUCACACGUUUUGAGUUUGUUGAAGUUCUGGACUGUUUCACUCUCUCCUUCUUGGUAUGAGCUUGGAAAUAAACUGUGACGACCUGAAAAUCAAGACCAUGAAGGACGAGCCUGAUGAGAAGCUAAAUGCAGGGAAAGCUAGAGGUCCUCAUCUUCUUUCUUCUCCAUGGUGGUGCCCUGCUACUAUGACUCUAGGGAUCCUUUGUCUGGGAUUACUGGUGACCAUUAUAAUACAGGGAAUGCAAUUAUCCCAGGUAUCUGGUCUUCAAAAGCAACAGCAAGCAAACCUUACUCACCAGGAAAGUGAACUGGAGGGACAGAUGUUAGCCCAGCAGCAGGCAGAAGAAGUUUCCCAGGAGUCCCAAAAGGAACUCCAGGAAAAGAUAAAAACUCUUAUUGAGACGCUGGAUGAGAAAUCGAAGAAGCUAAUGGAACUUCAACACGAGAACCUGAAACUCCAAGAAGCUCUGAAGAGGGCAGCAAACUUUUCAGGUCCUUGCCCCCAAGACUGGCUCUGGCAUGGAGAAAACUGUUACUUAUUUUCCUCUAGCCCAUAUAACUGGGAAAAGAGCCAAGAGACCUGCUUGUCUUUGGAUGCCCAGUUGCUGAAAAUUAAUAGCACAGGUGAUCUGGAAUUCAUCCAGAAAGCCAGUGCCCAUUCCAGUUUCCCAUUCUGGAUGGGGUUGUCUCUCAGAAAACCCAACAACUCGUGGAUCUGGGAAGAUGGUUCUCCUUGGAUGUCUCAUCUGUUUAGACUCCAGGGUGCUUCCAAGAUCUACUCUUCAGGUACCUGUGCGUACAUACAAAGGGGAAUUGUUUAUGCAGACAACUGCAUUUUAGUUGCAUUCAGUAUAUGUCAGAAGAAGGCCAAUCUACUGACAGCACAGUGAAUUUGAAGGUGCCAGAAGAAGAGAAGGAGAAGGUCUUCGAAUUCUAUUCCAGAAAUUAAGCUAGUCCUCAAAACUCAGGUGCAAACCACAAGAGUCCCGAGCACUGAUGCCCGCUCUUAGCCGGCUGCAGAACUCAUUAGCACAGACUUGGGUUCCAGCUGCCUGUCACCUUUGUGUCAAAAGUUUGUCUAACUUAUCUCAAGCCUCCCUGCCAGCCUUCAAUUCCUCUUCUCUUUUUAAAUGUUACUAUUCUGCAAGCCUUGGAACCCUUCUGCACUCCGUCCUCUCUACCUCAGAGCCACCUCACCCUCACCCUCCUAAAACUACACAGACAAGAGAACAGGGAGAACUUGCCCAACUGCUGGCAGAGAGGGAAAAAAACAGAAAAAGAGGAAAUAUGCGUGGGCAACAGUGCACAUGAAGAAAGAAAAAAGAGGAAAGGCCACACUGAAGUCAAGAAACUCAUGUUCUCAAAUUUAAAAGCCACCUUUCAUGGGUCUUUCUUUUGCAGUUUAUCUCCAGACUCCACUAUUUACACACACACACAGCACCUGCAUAUUUUCAGGGGCAACUGGGGAGUCUGAGGAAGUAAUCAGAUGGUCUUUUCUGUAAACUAGUCCACAACCCGUUAUCAGUUCCUGAGUCAGUUAUUAGUCUUCCUUUUUUUUCUCUGCCAAAGAACAGAGCUUGGCAUAUGUAUAACCUCUCAGAACAGAGUUUGCGUAAUUUGUCAGAAUCAUGGUCCAGAAGCAAGAAUUAAAAAAAAAAAAAACAAGGAGAUAAUUUUUUUUUUU